GUUUCCCUCUCAUAUUUGAAUCGUUAAGAGAUUUGUAAUAAACCUAAGUCCUGCUUACUUCUAGCUGUUCUACAUGUACGACAAUGUGAGACAAAUUUACUCAAAGCCGGACAUGAAACGAUUCCUUUACGGUCAUUUAGUCAAAGACUUAACGUUCGUGUUGUACUAUGCGGUUGAAUUGUAUCACAAUGUGUUCAUUUCAAAUACGGUUAUCAAGCAGGCUAACAAUUCCGGUUUGUUUUUCCGUAUGCACUGCCACCUGAACAUUCAAUUAAAGCGAAGCAUUGAAUUACUGUCACUGCAAAAUUUAAUUAGGUCGCCCACGAUAACAACAUUCGGCCUGUUCCAAAUUAAUUCAACAAUUCUGUUCGGCGUAAGUUAA